UGCGCGGGAAGAUGCAGUGUUAACUGGGACGUAUUACCAAUCUAGUAGAUGGUGAGUUAUAGAGAAAUGAAGAAAGCGUUAAUGGCGUACAAGGAGGUGCUCAGGCUGGUGAAGCGACUCCCAGAAGACACAAGGCCUUACUAUGCCAAAUACGUUCGAGAGAACUUCGUCAAUUACAGAGAAAUCGACGCCAAUGAUUCAGUCUCUCUCCACGAACUGCUUCAACGCACGUACAAUCAUUCCAUCUGGAUCUUGAAGAAGUAUUCGGUGGACCAAUCGGCGGCGAAUAGGCUGAAGGAGAUCUGUUCUGCUUGAUUGUUUUAGUUGUGCCCCUAAACUGUUUGCCGAUAUUCCCCAAAGAGGCUGCUGAAGGAGAUCUGUUCUGCGUGAUUGUUUUAGUUAUGCCCACAAACUGUUUGCUGAUAUUCCCCAAAGAGGCUGGUUAGGAGUUUACUCUUGUUUUCCUCACAAAGGUUAAUAAGUUGACACUAAUUUUGCAUCCCCACAGUCUCACUACAUACUUUUCUAUGGUUUGGGCAACUCAUUUCUGCAACAAUGUCUGUUGUUAUUUUGCUUUGCUUCCUCCUCUCAAGAAUUGUUCUUAUGGCAUCUCUAAAUUUAAAGAAUAAAAUGAAACUUUGAUAUUGAAACUUGCCCAAA